AUGGCCAGCCUACACAAGCCCCUACCGGCAUUAUACACCGUCUACGUUCUGCGAUCCACGAUCCGCCAUGCCUCGCUCUACAUUGGCUCGACGCCGAACCCGCCGCGUCGUCUGAAGCAGCACAACGGCGAGACCAAGGGCGGCGCCGCCCGCACCGCGCGCGACAAGCUGCGUCCCUGGGAGAUGGUGGCGCUCGUCUCCGGCUUCCCGAGCGCCGUGGCCGCACUCAAGUUUGAGUGGGCGCUCGCGAACCCGCACCUCUCGCUGCACAUCCCGUCCGAGGCGCGGCUGGCGGUCGCGACGCGGACGAAGCGCAACGGGCGGCCGCGCCGCCCGCCGCUGAGCAUGCGCUCCGUCGUGUCCAACAUCCACCUGCUGACCGGCGUCGCCAGCUUUGCGCGGUGGCCGCUGACGCUGCACUUCUUCGCCGUCGAGGCGCACCGCGCCUGGGCGGCGUGGCUCAGGAAGACGGGCGCCGAGGUGCGACCCGGCCUGCGCGUGCGGAUUGAUGUGGUGGACGACACGGCGGGCAUCUUGGGCGCCGAGGACGACGAGGAUAAGGCGGGCAUUCACGCGCUGCCGCUGGAUUACGCGCCGGUGAGGGCGUAUGUGCAAAAGGCGCGCGACGUCGUGGCGUUUGAGAAGGAGGGCAGCUGCGUGCACUGCGGCGAGGACAUGGCGUCGGGGGAGGGGCUACAUGCUAUGUGCCCGAACGGGGAGUGCGUGGCCAUGGGACAUCUGGACUGCUGGAGCAGACACGCGCUCGCGGGUGAGGAAGACGAGGCUGUGCUGCCGCAGACGUGCAUGUGUCCGUCAUGCGGUGGGGAGGUGCGCUGGGGCGACAUGAUGAAGGAACUGACCUUACGGGUGCGCGGCGAGGCUGAGGUCGAGAAGCUUCUCACUAACACGAAGAAGAAUGCACAAGUCAAUCGGGUCAUCCGUCGCAAGUACAGCGAAGACGUCGACAAGGAUCUCCGCUACACCCCGGGUUCGUCCAUCCACGCGCAGUCCCUAGCGUGCACCGAAGCUGACGCCGCCUUCGACAAGGCAGCCGCGGCCUACAAAGCGGCCGCAGCUGGUCUCAAGACGCCCUAG